AUGGAACUGAGAAAAUUGCAUAUGGACAUCGGUCGUUAUCCUCACAUGCUGAGCUCCAUGCAGGUACAGCACGCAAUCACGAUCUUCGUUGGCACUUAUCAGUGGGCUGGUUUGAACGAUCGCGAUUCUACUCCGAGGGGGGUCCUACUUCAAGUCCCUACCGGUGACGUGAUUUCGCUUAGCCGUCCCCUCACAACUCAUGCAGAUCAACAAAGGGUACGACUCUACCAAUCACAACACCACCCACCCAAAACCCCUGGCUAUCCCAACUGGGUAGUGCGAAACGUGCCCGGCUGCUCAAAGCCUGGAAGGGCGGAUUCAGCCGCGCCGUGUCUUGGAUGGGGUCUCCUCACUGGACGUCAUGGCCUACUCAGGUGUCGUUGCAAAGCGGUUAAGUUGCUCAAAAGCCAUAAAGCUCGGGAUUGCGCUUCGUUGUCAAAUAAUCUCUGGAAUCCAUCCAUCAUAAACCACUCUUGUCCCACCGCUUGCGCGUCACCGUCACCAAGGCUUCACAGCAGCAUCACCUCGUCGUCCCGGCUCCACUUCGAUCCACAUAUUGAUUAG